AUGUCUGCUAUUCAAACUCCCAGCUUCAGAUUCCUCAACCUUCCCGCCGAGGCCCAGUCAGUAGUCAUUGACAAGCUACGGAGGGUUGACGGAGGAGCCACGAGUGCUCUCAUCAACCUAUCCACAACCUGCAGGGUUGUGCGCAAUACGGCCAGGAAUGAGGGCCUAUUCGAGGUGAUCGGGGUCCGAGCAACGACGGACGGCCUUUCUCGGGAGCUGGCAGCCAUGAUGAGGGACCCUGAGCUUCUCAAAAACACAAGGGUCGUCAAAUUCACUGUCCAGGGCGACGGCAACCGUCUCCAGGCGACUGUUGCCGAUAACCCGAUAAACAACCUCGCCUUUGAGAUCCUUGCUGUUCUGGGUGCUUUGCGAAACGUAUACUCGGUCAAGUUGAAGCUCCUGAACUGCAACGAUGGCCUACUCCACGAGCUCAGGCAACUCUGCACAAAGGCCAACAGAGAGGAGUGGGCGCUUCAUCUGGAAGACAUCCAGGCAUUGGAUCUCCGAGCUUAUCUGGAAGAUGGCAGCCAGUCAAGAGCUUCGUACACUGCCAUUAUCGACGCGUUUCCAAAGCAGACGUUUGGAACAUACACGCUUGAGGGCAGAUUCACCUCAACGCGGCAAGUUGCAAACGCUAGAACUAUCAAGAAGCACAGAACGAUGCGCCUGAUUCACGAGAAGAAGCUGCAUGGAAAGUGCCCCGACCUAGAGCAUAUCAUGCUCCAAGGCCUGAUCAACCCCCGGUUUAAUUUCAGUGACUUGAUCAACGUGCUGCCUCGCUUUGACAACCUAGUCCGGCUGCACAUGCCGCUGGAGAUGAAGACCCUGGGAGCAGACGGGAGCUGGGAGGCUGCUGACAGUAGGAUUGCCUUGCCCGACCACGCCCAAGAGUUCUUUGAUGGGUUGCCCAAUCUCCAGGAGGUGACCUUUGUCAGCAUAAACGACAAUGUGUCAUUCGCAUUCGCUCCCGGACCAGCCGGUCCUGGCCAGAUGCCUCCUCUCAUCCGUGUAUAUGAGAACGGUUGGCAUUCCGACGUUGAGACUGGCAGCAUCGGCCAGAUGCUCGACCGGAGGGAGGUUCGAAAUGAGGUCUGGGAGCAGGAGUGGGCUCUGGCGGUCCGCACACACAAGCAAGACAGCCAGUAA